GCACAAAGCUGAAGAGACCCAGAAACAACCAAUAUCUUAAAAGACCACAAACCCCCUAAAAGGCCAAGAUGACUGGUUCUGGUUCUCCUUGUGGAGCCUGCAAAUUCUUGAGAAGGAAAUGUGUGAGAGGUUGUGUCUUUGCACCUUACUUUUGCCAUGAACAAGGUGCCACACAUUUUGCAGCGAUUCAUAAGGUCUUUGGUGCAAGCAAUGUCUCAAAGCUCCUUGCUCACCUCCCUGUCAGUGACCGUUGUGAAGCUGCAGUCACAAUCUCUUAUGAAGCUCAAGCUAGACUUCAGGAUCCAAUUUAUGGAUGUGUUGCUCAUAUUUUUGCACUCCAACAACAGGUGGUGAAUUUACAAGCACAACUAGCUUACCUCAGGGAACAAGCAGGUCAGAUCUAUCUCAAUGCCUCUGCCCCUGAAAACCCUAAUGAGAAAAACUUUGGAAAACCUACUACUUUCCCCCAAGAUCUUCAAAGUUGGUUCCAGAUGGAGAAUUCCAACAUGGCUUCACAAUUUCUUCCUAACUUGUCCACCAGUUCCUCAAUACAGUAUUAUGGGAAUACUAAUGCUCUCAUGGACCCAAGCCCCACCGGAAACUAUGAAAAUUCAGGAACUAUAGAAGAAAGCAUCUCAUUUUCCAGCUUUGAAGAGAGUUGUAACUCCAUACCCUAUGACAUGCAAAGGCAGUGGGGUCUUUCAUGAAGUGGAUAACCUUCAGUCAAAUCAGCUUCAUGAAAGAUCAGAGUCUGGGUGAAUGAAUUGGUGAAGACAACUUUAUCAAUUUUGAAUUACUGCUAAGCUAGCAUGCACUUCUUUGUUGCCAUAAAUAACCUUAGGAAGCAUAGAAAUGUUCAUAUAUAUAAUUGGAAUGGAAAUCCAUAUCCAAGUAUUGUUUUGUUUAGUCUAGUGUAAUAUUGGUAUUUAUUAGAAUAAUAGUGUAAUUCUUAGUGAUAAAACUAUGGUUUUUGUUUGAGCUAA